GAUUGAUUCCACGGCUUCUCCGCCGCUAGGGUUCCCAAUCCCACUUCUCUUCCAGUCUCUGGUGAGCGGGGGCUUCAAACUACCGCCGCAUCUCGAGCGGUUCCCAUCUCUUCGUCUCCUGCGCUUGUUUCUCUGACCAACAUGAUUACAUUGGACUUCUGCUUCAUAUCUUAUUUAGUCAUAUUUUCUCGUUAUGUUGCCUCCGCGAGAAUCACUUGCUUCAUUAUCAUUGAAAUAUUUUCUCUUGCUUGUCUCUUAGUACUCAAAUUAUUACCAACCACAAAAAACUAUGACUUUGAAAUUCCUUUGAGACAUAUCAUGGCUCUGAUUGUCUUCAGAUUCUUGUUCUAUAACACUUGUUGCCCUUUUCUAUUUUCCUCAUUCUGGUGUAUCUAUUUUCCUCCUCUUGGGAAUGCUUUUUGCUCCUGUUCCUCUUUCACAGUGCCCUGUGGGCUUUCUUUAAAAUACACAAGAUGCCAAGGGCAAGAGCCGCUUCUGUUCAUUCAACUGAACCAGAAAACCCGGUUGAACCUGAGGAACAAGUUGACUUUGAUCCAGAGAUGGAAGAAGAGGUUGAAUAUGAAGAAGUAGAAGAAGAGGUAGAAGAAGAGGAAGAGGAAAUUGUAGAGGAGGAGGUCGAGGAGGAACAAGAAACCACCACUACCAAUGGAAAUAUAGAUGAUAAAAUGGAUGAGGCAGAGAGAAAGAAGCACGAAGAACUCCUUUCUCUUCCUCCUCAUGGAUCAGAAAUUUAUGUUGGUGGAUUAACUCUUAAUGCAUCUGAAGAUGAAUUGAGAAGGUUUUGUGAGUCUGCUGGAGAGGUGACUGAGGUGAGAGUGAUGAAAGAGAAGAAUUCCUCAGAGAAUAAAGGAUAUGGAUUUGUUACUUUCAAAACUGCAGAGUUGGCAUUAAAAGCUAUUGAAGUACUAAAUAAUACUGGAUUCAAGGGUAAAAAAGUGAAGUGUUCAACAUCUCAAGCAAAAAAUCGACUGUUUAUUGGUAAUAUUCCUCGGACUUGGUCAUUGGAUGAUUUGAAGAAAGUUGUAACAAGUAUUGGCCCUGGAGUGAAUAAAGUGGAGUUGAUAAAGUCUACAGACCCCCAAAACCCUUCUCAUAACCGUGGCUAUGCCUUCAUCGAGUAUUAUAAUCAUGCAUGUGCUGAAUACUCAAGGAGCAAGAUGUCCGCUCCAAAAUUUAAGUUAGAUGAAAAGUCCCCAACGGUGAGCUGGGCUGAUCCUAGGAGUGGGGACUCUUCUAGUUCUCAGGUGAAGGCUAUUUAUGUUAAGAACUUGCCAAAGGAUGUGACAAAAGAUCAGGUUACAGAGCUAUUCGAGUGUCAUGGUGAAAUCACAAAGGUUGUACUACUUCCAGCAAAGCCUGGACAUGAGAAGAGAUUUGGUUUUGUGCAUUUCAAAGAUAGGUUCAUGGCUAUGAAGGCACUCGAGCACGCUGAGAAAUAUGAAUUAGAUGGUGAUGUCCUUGACUGUUCACUAGCAAAGCCUCCAGCAGAAAGUAAAAAACCUGAGCCAGCAUUAAGUGCUCAGGAAGCUGCUUUGCUUCCUAACUAUUCACCUGGGUUUGGAUAUGGUGUCCUUGGAGGUCCAUAUGGUGCUUUCGCCCCAGGGCUUGCUCAGCCCAUGAUUUAUGGAAGGGGGCAUACUCCGGCUGGCGCGGCCAUGGUGCCAAUGAUCUUACCGGAUGGACGACUUGGAUAUGUAUUGCAACAACCUGGCUUUCCUGUGGCCACCCACCAGCAGUAUGGGCGAAACUAUGGUAGCAGUUCAAGCGGAGGGAACAACGAUAGCAGUCGCGGGCGCAGAUUCCACCCCUACUGAAAUCUUUACUGAUUCUUGUUUUGGUUGUAGCUACCAAGAACUUUGUACUGGGGGCCUUGUAUUCACAAGUUUCCAUAGCGAGAGCAAGUUCGUUAAAUUAUCGAUACUCUAUUUGUAGGCUGGAGUGUUUGAUUUUCUAUUAUCCUUGGACUUGAAUUGAGUUGCUUGAUUAGUAAAUACUAGGAUAAAUCAAACAAUUUGGAUUGUUUAGUUGA